UGCAGCGCGGGCUUAAUUUAAUCCCCCCUCCAUUCGCCGCCUCUCCGGCUCUCCCUCCAUUUUGCCUCUCUAGUGCGGUCUACUCACACGCGCAAGCAAGCAAGCAAGGUGGUUGCGCCAUGGAGCACGGCCGCGAGCUCGCCGUCGUCGUCCUCGCCUUGCUGCUGCUCGUGUCCGCGGGCUCGUGCUCGUUCCUGGAGGAGGACAUGAUUCUUGGCGCGGUGGAGGAGGGGAAGGUGGCGAGGCUGGGCAGCGGCGGCGGUAGCAAGGGCGCGAACGCGAGCACGAGGAGAGGGCCCACCUGCGUCGUCGGCGCCGGCGAAGGAGGAGGAGGAGGGAGGUAUUACGUGGGGUGGAAGGAGGAGAUUGCGGGGAUGGCGGGGCGGCCGGAGAUGGCGGCGUGGCUGCGGGCGGUGCGGCAGCGGAUCCACGAGCGGCCGGAGCUGGCGUACGAGGAGGUGGAGACGAGCCGGCUGGUGCGCGAGGAGCUGGAGGCCAUGGGCGUCGGGUUCCGCCACCCGGUCGCCCGCACCGGCGUCGUCGCCACCAUCGGCACCGGCCGCCCGCCGGUCGUCGCGCUCCGUGCCGACAUGGACGCGCUGCCCAUCCAGGAAGCAGUGGAGUGGGAACACAAGAGCAAGAGCCCCGGCAAGAUGCACGCGUGCGGCCAUGACGCGCAUGUGGCUAUGCUCCUCGGCGCCGCCAAGAUACUCAAAGCUCGAGAGCACCAUCUCGAGGGUACAGUGAGGCUGCUGUUCCAGCCAGCCGAGGAGUCCGGCGCUGGCGCCAAGCGGAUGAUCGACGGCGGCGCGCUGGAGGACGUGGAGGCGAUCUUCGCCGUCCACGUGUCGCACCAGCACCCGACGUCCGUCAUCGGCUCCAGGACCGGCCCUCUCCUCGCCGGCUGCGGCUUCUUCAAGGCCAUCAUACACAGCGGCCGCCGCUCCGGCGACCCCGUCCUCGCCGCCGCCUCCACCAUCAUCAGCCUGCAGAGCAUCGUGUCCCGCGAGGCGGACCCCCUCGACUCGCAGGUGGUGUCGGUCGCCAUGGUGAACGGGAGCGAGCACCGGGCGCCGGCGGCGGAGGAGGAGCUCGUGCUGGGCGGGACGUUCCGGGCGUUCUCGAACGCGAGCUUCUACCACGUGCGGCGGCGGAUCGAGGAGGUGAUCACGGCGCAGUCGCGGGUGCACGGGUGCGAGGCGACGGUGGACUUCUUCGAGAACCAGAGCUUCUACCCGCCGACGGUGAACGACGCGCGGAUGUACGCGCACGUGAAGGCGGUGGCCGGCGAGCUCCUGGGCCCCGGGAGCUACCGCGACGUGCCGCCGAUGAUGGGCGCCGAGGACUUCUCCUUCUACUCCCAGGUUGUCCCCGCCGGGUUCUACUACAUCGGCGUGCGCAACGAGACGCUCGGCUCCGUCCACACCGGCCACUCCCCCUACUUCAUGAUCGACGAGGACGUCCUCCCCACCGGCGCCGCCUUCCACGCCGCCAUCGCCGAGCGCUACCUCGCCGGCCACUCGCCCUCCGACGAGCUGGAGUCGCCGUGACCGACCAGGCGAGCCCGCACCCGCAACUCGAUCGAUCAUCGCGCGCGCCGUGCCGGGCAGUGGGCCGGUGGUUUUGGGCCCAUAUCGCGGUGGGCUUCCUUUUCCUGCGCUGGUGGGCUUUGGUGCGCUUCAUUUUUCCUGCGCUGAUGGGAUUUGCCGUUCUUGGUGAUUCUUGGCCCGGGAAUGGGUUGGAUGAAUGUUUUUUUCUUCUUUUUUUGAAUGAGGGAGGAAUGUUUGAAAAUGUACAGAUUUUGUGGUAGACGUUUGAUUGGAUUUGUUGCACAGAGUAUUUGGAAAUAUUGCAAGGAACGAGAUUUGCUUCAGUCCAACAAAAAGUACCUCGAGAUACUGGUAGCUCGCGGUACCAAAUCGUUUCUGAUGAUCUAACAGUGUACAUCCUACUCAGCCAGAUCCAAUAGUCAACUGUGAAAAACGAUUUGGUAUCUCAGGAUACUUUUUAUUA